AUGACAUUAGAAAGAUUCUGUCGUCUUUGUGCUGUUAGAUACCCUUUAUCGUCGCUAAAUACCCUAGAAAAUUUACGAAAUGAACAAUUAGACAAACUUAUUUUAAAAUAUUUACAAAUUAAAAUAGACGAAGGGUUUCCGAAUAUAGCUUGUGAACAGUGCUGCAAAACAAUUUCAAAUUUUCAUAAAUUGCUUACCGGAAUAAAAGCUGCUCAAGAAAAGUUAAAUGAUAUUUACUCAGAAUACAAAAAUUUAGAUAUAAAAUUAGAAGAUGAAGAAGUCAGAGAAAUAUUGAGUAAAAACAUUGAAGGUACAAAUUUCAAUAGUGAUUCAAAACCGAAUAAUGUUAAAACUGAAAUAGAUUACCAUAACGAUUCCGAUAAUUUAGACAGUUUUUUAAAUUUUAUCGAUGAAACAAAUGAUUCGGAUUCGUCUGUAACACAACCUUUUGAUGAAGAAUUGGAUGCAAAAGUAGAAAAAUUAAAUCCAGAUAAAAGUAAUGAUGAAAAUUUAAACAAAAGUUCAGUUAAGAAAAAUAUACGUAAAAUUCAUUGGCUGUGUUACAAAUGUGAUGAACGUCUACGAAACGCUGAUUCUUUAGAAGAACAUUUUCAAGAAGUACAUAAAUCUAAAGUAGAGUACGUUUGUAUUGAAUGUCAAGCAUUGUUUAAAGAUUUAAAAGAAUUUAAGGAUCAUUAUUAUGGCCAUGAUGUCGUUAAAAAUUCAAAAACAUAUCGAUUUAAUUACACGUGCGAAACUUGUGGGAAACAAUUUUAUGAUCCCACAAAUUACAAGGGUCAUUGUGAUAUGCAUUUAGGAAUUAAACGAUUUGAAUGUGAAAUAUGUGGAAGAAAUUUUGCUAAAAAACAACAUAAAGAAAUUCAUAAACUAACAGUUUGCUCGAAAUUAUCAAAGGUAAAAGAUGAAUCGAAUAAUGAAGAUGAAAAUUCAGACAAUGAAGAAAAAUCAAAAUGGAAAUUUCAUGAUAUCAAUCAUGAAUUUAUUUGUUCGGUUUGUGAUGAAUUAUUCGAGAAUAAUGAAAAAUAUGAUGAACAUUUGAAAAGAGUACAUGAUAUUGAAGAUGGAAUUCAAACGGGAUCUACUUAUGAGUCACAUACUCUUACUCAUACGGGAGUAAAACGUUUUACUUGUAAAAAUUGUGGACGGAAAUUUCACUUGAAACAACACUUAGUAGCACAUUCGUUAACACAUUUAGAAACUGUAAAUUCUAGCGAAGUGAAAUGCAAUCAAUGUGAUAAAAUUUGUAAAAAUGAAUAUUUAUUAAAACGACAUUUAAAUACUCAUCGCUCUGAAGAUGAAAAAUAUGUACAUAAAUGCGAUAUUUGUAAACGAAAAUUUAUGUAUGCAAAAUCUUUAGCAGAGCAUCAAAAACAAGGACAUGACAAUGAAGAAGUAAUUUGUGAUCAAUGUGGUAAAGUUUUUAAAGACAAAUACCGUUUAUCACAACAUUUAAGUAGUCACAUCGAUGGUUUAAAGUUCACUUGUGAUCAAUGUCCAAAAGAAUUUAAAAGUCUAACAGCAUUAAAAGCGCAUAAAAAAACACAUGCUGAAAAAAGUUACGAAUGUGAAGUUUGUGGAAAAAAAUUUAGUUUACGUGGACAGUUAACAGUUCAUUCAACAAUACAUACAGGACAAUUACCAUAUGAGUGUAGUUAUUGUAAAAAACAAUUUCGUAGAAAAUAUUAUUUAACUGUACAUUUACGACAACAUACCGGGGAACGUCCGUAUUCUUGUACCGAAUGUAAUCACUAUUUUGCGAGUGAUUCUAAUUUUAUAAAACAUUUAAAAGGCCGUCACGGAUUAAAGAAUUUUUCAGUUGUAAAUAAACGUCGUUACCCAUUUGAUGAUUGA